AUGCCCUCAGUCAACUCAUCUCUAUCAUCAUCUAACAAAAUCGAACCAGUCGAGGAUCUGUUUACAAGGGUGACACUUGACAUAAUCGGCGUCUCAUUGGUUGGUAAAGAACUACGACGCUUUCGCUCAAAGACCUCGCCUUUAUCAUUUGAACAAUGCUACAAUGGUAUCCUGGCGCAGCCACUUGCUGGCCAGAUAAUCAGCUUCAUCAACCCCUUCAUCCCACUCCGUUGGUUACCUGUAUCUGCAAAUCUGAACUUUAUCAAGGCUAAAUCUGCUCUUAAGAGUAUGAUGACAGAACUGAUCGAGCAGCGGACAUCUGAGGUAGCAAGGGCAAAGGAGCUGGGUACAGAUACUACACUAUCGGAUGACUUGUUGACAAGGAUGAUUGAAGCAAGUUCUGUUGAGAGCCAGAAGUUGUCUCGGGAUGAGUUGAUCGAUAUAACUAUGCAGGUCAUCGCGGCGGGACAUGAGACUACAGCCAGUGCCCUCCUCUGGACAAUCUACGCCCUUUCCAAAGACCAGAAGUCACAAGACCGGUUGAGGGCCGAGAUCCUGGGUCUGAACGAUGACGACACAACCGCCAAAGCGAUAGAUGUUCUGCCGUACCUCGAUAACGUGGUUAAAGAAGCUCUUCGCGUAUACUCUCCCACCCUUAUCAUACCAUGGGAAGCACUAGAGGAUAUCGACAUAUUAGGCGUCAGGAUCCCAAAAGGGACAACGGUUCAGCUCGUUCCCGCAAUGACGCAACUGAACCCCGAGAUCUGGGGUCCUGAUGUGGAGACCUUCAUUCCUGAUCGAUGGGAUCGUCUCUCCGGCGAUGCUUUGAGCCCAUAUGCCAUGGAGACAUUCUCAAAUGGGCCUCGCAUGUGUCCCGGAAAAGCUCUAGCUUUGCUAAAUAUGAAGGUCCUGUUGGUUGGGUUGAUCAGAGACUUCAGGAUCGAGAGUGUUGGAGACGAGGAGGUGGAGUUGAGAAACCCGAGCUUGACUUUGAAGUCUAAGAAGCCACUUCGGUUUAAGGUGCGGCGUGCUAGUGAAGGGUCUUGA